AUUAGCCCUUUCGUGUUUAGUUCCGUACUCUUCUAUCUAUCCACCGGUUGUAGAUUUGUCUCCGCCGCCGUUAAAAACAUCUGCUUUCGCGUUUCUUUCCUCUCGAAUCCGUUUUGGAGAAAACACAAACACAACAAACUUCACCGCGUCGUCCGAUAAUGAAGUUUGGUUUCGGUCUUCAAUCUCGAUCUGUUUUGUAGGAGCUAAAUUAAGAAUAAAAGAAAAUGUCGAGGCCGAUCAUGAUCGUCUUUCUUCUAGUCAUACUCAUUGUCACCUCUCAGUUUGAGUGGAGGCAACCGCUUCUUGAGCUUGAUGCUGCUCCUAGCUUGUCUCUGAAACACCAGCAACUUGCAAAGAGGGAAGAAGCUGUCAAAGAGAAGAUCAUCUUGUCACAAGAGAGGCAUAUCCAGAGGCUAAAUGACAUGGUACGAAGUCUUCAAAUGCAGUUACUGCGAUGCAGAGGAGAGAACGAGACACAAAACGCCACUGAAACCUCCCGUCUCAACAAACAGUUUAUUGAGCUCGAGAGGAAACCCAUUGUGGAAGACUAGUUUGAUUCAGUAGUAAUAAAUAACCCAAAUGGUAAGUAAAAGCUUUGGGAAGCAAUCUUUAAUUUUCCUAGCUCCAACGCUUGUAUUUUAUUUAUGUUGUGCUGAUGAUUUGAUUAGUAGAAUUGCUUUAAUUAUAUGACCAAGGAUAUUCGAGUUUUUAAUGAAAUUUGAGGAUUACGGUGUUGGAUAA